CUUUUAAAGGUAAGGAUACAUGUAUAACAGGUAGUCCCAGGAACAGCAACUAAUUGUUGACUGUUGGCAAGCAGGCUUAAAAAUGCCUUUAAUUGAUGUAAAAGGUGUCCAUGUCAACUUUCCGUUUGAUCCAUAUUCUUGCCAAGUGACGUACAUGGAAAAAGUGAUUGAAUGUCUUCAGAAAAAUGUGAAUGGAAUCCUGGAAAGUCCCACAGGGACUGGUAAAACCUUGUGUCUUCUGUGUUCCUCCCUGGCGUGGCUGCAGGACAAGAAGGCCCAGGUGGAACUCAAUCGUCAGGCCAACAUAUCCUCCCUGAUGGGGGACCAUGGCAGCCUGGCCAACAACCAGAUCGAGGCUCUGAAGAAGAGUCUAGAAUCCAGCACCGGCAUGACCUGGGGAGGGAGUGAAUUCGCUGUACCAAAGAUAAUAUACGCCUCUCGGACCCAUUCUCAGCUAACUCAGGCGGUGCAGGAGCUAAAAAGAUCAGCCUAUAACACGGUCAAAGUCAGUGUCAUUGGUUCAAGAGAACAGCUGUGUAUCCAUGAACAUGUUAGGAAGGAAAUGAGUAAUGCUGCAAAGGUUCAUAUGUGCAGAGCUAAAGUAGCAGGAAGAACAUGUUUCUACUUUAAUCACUUUGAAGAGAUCAAACGUAACAGUGACCCUCGACAGUUGGUAGGAGAUGUGGUGGACAUAGAAGACAUGGUGAGAUUUGGAGAAAAACAAAGGGUUUGUCCAUACUACAUUGCAAAAGAACUAAAGAAUGAUGCAGAUAUAAUAUUUAUGCCUUACAACUACUUACUUGAUGCCAAGUCAAGAAAAGCUCAUGGUGUCGAAGUACAAGGCAGUAUAGUCAUCUUUGAUGAAGCCCAUAAUUUGGAGAAGAUAUGUGAGGACAGCUCCUCUUUUGAUUUGACGUCGGCAGACCUAGCCACAGUGCUUGAGGAACUCAGUCGCCUAGCUGAUAAAUUGUUUGAACUCGCUAAAAAUGAAGAAACUUCCCUGGUGGAAAUGACAGAUUCUAGUGCUAUUCCAGAACCAGAAUUUACUUUGGAGGAUGUUUUACGACUGAAAGCAACUUUCAAAGAACUAGAAGAACAAAUAGAUAAGAUAGAAAUUCCCAACAAAGAAAAGGGCUUAACAAAACCUGGAACAUUUAUAUUUGAGCUUUUAUCGAAGGUCAACAUUGCAUUUGAAACUAAAAACUUUCUGCUGGAUCUCUUGGAUAAAAUCAUCUCCUAUGUAACCGGUGAUUCUACGGGAAUGGGAUUCCAUUCUAAAGGAGCAGGCUUAACAAAGAUGUCAGAUGUACUUAGAAUAGUAUUCAGUCGGGAGGUACCAGAUGGGGGAUCUGUUUAUCAACUUCAGCAGAUGCUGGCCAAAUCUUACAAGGUACAUAUCCAGCCAGUCCAACCCAACAAAAAGAAAAAGAUAGACUCCUGGGCCACCCCAGCAGGGGCAGAUAAAAUGGGUAAAACCCUGAGUUACUGGUGUUUCAGCCCUGGACACAGUAUGCUGGACCUGACUGCCCAUGGAGUGAAGUGUGUGAUUCUGACUAGUGGCACUUUGUCUCCCCUGGACUCCUUCAGUGCAGAGAUGCAGAUCCCCUUCCCUGUGACAUUGGAGAAUCCCCAUGUGAUUGACAAACAUCAGGUGUGGGUGGGGACUCUUAACAAAGGCCCUGAUGGAGUGGGGCUCAACUCUAACUACCAAACAAGGUUUAAUGAAAAUUACCAAGCUUCUCUAGGAAAAGCACUAGUAAAUUUUGCCCGAGUGGUGCCUAAUGGUCUCCUGGUGUUUUUCCCAUCUUACCCUGUGAUGGAGAAAUGUAUAGAAAACUGGCAUCAAAAUGGUGUAUAUAGUUCAAUUACCCAGUAUAAGCCUAUCCUGGUUGAACCAAGAGGAAAACAGGCUUUCAAUGAUGUCAUUGAAGAAUUUUAUGAUAAAAUUAAUGACCCAGCCCUAAAUGGAGCAAUAUUUAUAGCAGUUUGCAGAGGAAAGGUAAGUGAGGGCCUGGACUUUGCCGACAACAAUGGGCGUGCUGUGAUUAUCACCGGUCUGCCCUUCCCACCUCGUAUGGACCCUAAAGUGGUGCUCAAAAUGCAGUUUUUGGACGAGUCAAGAGGGAAAAUGGGAUUCAAGAGCUUAUCAGGACAGGAGUGGUACAGACAGCAGGCAUCCAGAGCUGUCAAUCAAGCAGUGGGGCGGGUCAUCAGGCACAGAAACGACUAUGGAGCCAUUUUACUAUGUGAUGAGAGAUUUGCUGGAGAGUCGGCAAUACGUCAGCUUCCUGUGUGGGUGAGACCUCAUGUGAACAAAUAUGACGUAUUCGGACGUGCACUCAGGGACAUGAUUGUGUUCUUCAAAACUGCAGAACAAACGUUACCCACCCCAGCUAAGAAGCAGUAUAGAGCUGGAGGAUCAGUUAGUUCCUCUGGGUGUCAGGGGGCUCAUUUUAUGCCCACGGUUAACAGACAGGGACCCCCUCCUUCACAGGCAAAGGCCCGCAAUGUAGUAGAACAUGUGCCAAGCCUCCGUCAAUCUGCUGAUGAAGAAACAAACUUAGCCAAACUAAAAAUUCAGUAUGAAGGUGGACCCUCAUCAAAUAAUGCAGGCAUUGGCAAGAAAAACCUCCUAGAUGCUCUUAGUUCUUCAGAGAAAGAAGGUAGUCUUUACAAUGAAAUGGAUAACAAGUCCAUGUCAAAAGAAGCAAAGCCUCUGAUGAAGAAACUUCCCAGCAAAAAGAAGAUCAUUAUUAAGAAAAGAGAUUCAGAAUCGGAGAGUUCUCAUACAAAGCGUCAGUCAGGGUCAGUUAUAGAGGCUAAUCCUGCAGUGACAAAUUCUCAUCUACAGUCAGCAGAGAGUUACAUCACAGAGGUGAAGUGUUGUCUGAGUAAGGAAUCCUAUAUGGCGUUCUCCAAAGCACUAGGUAUGUACAAGAAAACAGGAGAGCUGUCCCAGGCAGUGGGGGUAAUGGCAGGACUGUUCACAGAGGACCCAAAACACUACCAUCUCUUCAGAAAGUUUUAUCGAUUUGUGAGACACAAGGAUAAGAAGGAAUUUGAUUCGCUGUGUAUGGAACUGACAGGAGAGGGGUGUGGGUAUAAACCAGAAGAUUCCGUUCCCAAGAAACGGGCUCAGUCAGAGACCCCCAAUGUAUCAGAACAACCAGAAAAGAAACAGAGAACAGAAUGUUCAGGAUCGGUUCUGCAGCCCAAGACACUAUCUAACGUGCAACAGUCGGACACUUCUAGUAAGAAGUUUAUGUCGGGGGAUCUGUCCUCCCUGAAAUUUAACAAAGUGAGUGGUGAUGGGGCACAGUCAGUGAACUCUGAGGACAGUCAGGAGUUACGGAACUGUGAACAAAGUUCAGGAGGAAAUAUAAGUGAGCGACUCAAGAAUGUGGCUGGACCACUAGAUAUACGGAGUCCUUCUCAGGAUAAGUCAGGGUAUGUGUGUUGUAAAUGUCAGAGUGAAGCAAAAGUUCCAUUCCAAUCGACCUGUGAUCACGUCUGCUGCUUUAAAUGUUGGAAAGAAGUCUUUAAUGAUCUGGAUAAAACCUGUCCUAGCUGUGGGAUUCGAGUCAGACGAAGGAAUCUGAAACGUUUACUGUUCCCUGCACCUGCUAACGAUGACCAGGGAUAACACUGGUCAUGUA